AAACCAAAUACCGUAAAACUUAAAACCAAAUACCGUACUUCGUAUAAUUAAAGUUCACCCCGCUGCAUUUCUCCUCCAUUAAAGCGGCUUGUGAGUUGUGAGCAAUGAGUUAGCUUCUGAGGUAACUUUUUUUGUAUUUAUUUUUUUCAAUUAUCGAAUAUCAAUUUCAAAAUCUAGCGUUAAUCGUUAAUUUAAUUCAAUUUAGGGUUCUUCUAAAGUGAAUUGAUUAUUGAACUAUUGGGUUAUAAAUUCUUACCAUGUUGCAGGCGUUGGUGUUUAUAACUUGUGAGUGUUAACUUUCAGUUUCAUUGAUUUGGGUGUUGUUUUCUUGCUUCUACUGGUUUAAUUAUUUUGUGGGUUUAGUAUGGGGGUCAUUUUUAGAUUAUGAGAAUAUUUUUAGUGUGUAGUUUAUGACAUGUAUUUCUUAGUUGUGUUGUCUUUUGAGGAUGGGUUUAAUUUCGAAUUAAUAAGGUGGGUUUUUUUAUAAGAUUGAUUUUUGAUGUAAAACGAGCUUGGAUUUUCAGCUUAAAUAUGUGAAAAUUGUCAUGAGUUUGGUGAAGAAAAUCAAGUUACAUCAAUACAUUCGCUGUUACCUUUAUUGUGUAAGCCGACAUUGUCAUGGAGGCAGCGGUGUUGAUGGGGAGGAUGUAAGGGUGAUUCCCUUUGGAGCAGAAGUUGAUGAUCCAUUGUAUUUAGAUUUACCGGGGCCUCCUCGAUGCAAAUCGGAGAGGAAGCCGUAUGUAACUCCCAUGAAAACCCUUAUAAAGAGAGCUAAGGAGGAAAGGGAAUUGAUGAGAUUGAAUCCUUGUCGAGUCCUUGAGCAUCCCCCUGAUAAUGGCCUUCUUGUUCCUGAGCUUGUGGAAGUGUCUAGACGAGUUUAUUGGGCACGAGAGUCACUUCUCAUUGGCGUCUCAAAGCUCCUUUCCUUCAUACCUGUUCUCCGAUGCAGGUUCUGCUCAGAAAUUCAUAUUGGCCAUGUUGGGCAUGAAAUACGUACAUGUACUGGACCUGGGAGUGGUUUCCGCCGUGCUAUGCAUGAUUGGAAAAAAGGACGCUUAACUGAUGUAAUCUACUUUCCCAAAUGCGUCCACCUUAAUGACCGCGUUGGGAAACCAAGAGUUAUCCAUAAUGAGAGAUUUGAUGUCCAUCGCAUCUCUGCAAUAUUGGAACUCUGUAUACAAGCUGGUGUUAAUCUAGAACAGUAUCCUGUGAGGAGGAGAACAAAACCUGUAUACUGCAUUGAAGGAAGAAUCGUAGACUUUGAUCCUGAAAUGGGUGAGAGUAAUGCAAAUCACGAUAAAGGUCAUAGUAAUGAUAAUCUCAAAAUUGAUUCUGGUUUCAUGACAGAAGUAGAAGAUAUUAAAGGUGAUUCUAUAAAAGACCUUAUUCAUCCAUUGGUACAACUGAAUCCUGAGAAGGGAGGAAGCUUAAAAGAAUUGAGCAUUGGGACAAUGGCAUCUUGGUUUGAGAUGAUAUCAGGUGCACGAAAGAUCAUGGAGAAAUACUCAGUAUGGACGUGUGGUUACUGCCCUGAGGUUCAGGUGGGUCCCAAAGGACACAAGCUGAGGAUGUGCAAAGCCAGUAGGCACCAGUCUCGUGAUGGUUUGCAUGCGUGGCAAGAGGCAACCAUAGAUGAUCUUGUGGGCCCCAACUAUGUCUGGCAUGUUCGAGAUCCUUCUGGCCCACCCUUAUGCAACAAUUUAAAAAGAUACUAUGGCAAGGCUCCAGCUGUGGUAGAGCUGUGUGUGCAGGCAGGUGCGCCUGUUCCAGAACAAUACCGAAGCAUGUUGAGAUUAGAUGUGGUUCCUCCUGAUAUUGAUGAGGUGGAUCUUGUUGUAUGAUGCUUGUUACAAGUAAAAUGUUCAUUGAUAUGUGAUGGUGAAACCUUUCUCGUAGUGAGCAAGUGGACAGAACAAUGAAAAUUUAGUGAUACCUUUCUGAUUGCAUCGAUGAACUCACAUGGAUCAAACUAAAAAUGAAAAGCAGAGAACUAUUUCUAAUGAGUUUAUUCCCCUGCUCUUAUCGUCGUGAUGUUCAUGACAUUCCGUCAAGCCAUCAACAUGGCUAGCUAGCCCAAGGAUUCCGGCUUGGGGUGCUUCAAUGCUACAAACUUUGAAUAUUCGCAUAUGAUGGUCUAUUGUCAUUUCUUAAUAAAGAAGCUGAUCAAGCAUUGAAGCCUGGAGCUAACUCCAAUGGCGUAUGAGUUAUAACAAUAGACAAACAUCGCUCACUCAGCU